GAUUUGCUUUACGCUGUAUAAAAUACAAACCUCUCGUAUUCGUGUUGCUGAAUAUAAAAAAAUUUAGGAAAAAAUAAAUGGUCGCAAAGGGAGGGCACCCAUGAUUAGGAAUAAACGUGAUUUGAUUAUGUAAUUGAAACUUAUGGUCCGUACGUGAAUUUUGAGGUACACCGUACUGCAAUAGUAUAAGGUAGUCACCUUAUACAAACCUCACCCAUGGCCGGGUCGUCGAAAACAUACAAAACAAGGAAACGGAAUUGAAUUUCGCACGCGAUACUGCGAGGCUAUCUUCCCUUUUCUAUGGUGCAUCUCUCCUUCUGUCUCUCUUCCUCGUUAGUUUAAUCUCUGAUUCUCUCUCCCAACAUAGGGCUGGAGGAACUCUCUGAACUUCUCUGACUAUUGAGCCCUAAUCCUCUUGUGAACCUCUCGAUCAUGGUGAGGACAGUGGUUGGAGAGGAGACCCACUUAAGCUCAUUCGAGGCCCAACUUUCACAGUCAGGACUUUCUGCACAAGUGGGCUUAGUAAUAGGCAAGAUUACUACUGGUUCAGAUCGAGGAGCAGUUUAUGGUCUGGUUCCUACUCCACUCAAUGAUAAUGGUGAACCUGCUUCUCUGAUUUCAAGUGGAAGAGAUGAUAAGAAGAGGAAUUUGAAGCAACCCAAAUCUCAACAGGAAUCAUCUUCUCUUCUUAUUGAUUCCGAUUGGGUAGCAGAGCAUGCUCGUCAGGUUUCCAAGAUGCUUUUGGGAGGGAUACAUGUGGUUGGGGUCUAUGUAUGGGUUGGGGAGAGCUUAUUCAAGUGUUCAAGCUUACUCCUUUGGCAGACUGUGAAGGCAGUAGCUGCAGUAGCACCUAUUUGUGGAGGGGUUAAUCUGGAAGAGAGAAUUCUUCUUCACAUGUCUUAUAGCCCGAGAAGGUGGUCCUGUCGAAGUUGCUUAUUGGGUUCAAAUUUUUCAUCAACCUCUUUAAGGCUUUGUGAUUUCAAGUUGUCCAAGAUAGUGUCAGGCCUUCAAACUUUUAGAUGCAACUACAGCUUUGAAAUACGAUUGCCAAUAUUUGCUGAGGAUAUGGUGGAUUCUCUCAACUUUAGAGAUGUUCUUACUCGAGGAAUUUCAUGCCAUGCCCAGCAUUUGAAAAAUGCAAAGGCUUUAGUCGACGGAAACCUGGUAAUUUACUUGCAAUGACCUAUUUUACAUUUC